AUGCCAAUACUAACUUUCUUUGAAAAUGCUUACACUUUAGGAAAAACAGCCUAUUACCUAUUUUAAUCUGCGGAAAUCAUUCUUAAGAUGAACAAAUAUGUUGUUAUGGGCUUUACUCUUUAUGGUGUCUGGAGAGUUUUCAAAAAUUUUAUCUAUUUUCCACUAAAAGAAGUCUUCUUAUUUUUGUACCAGAAUACGAGACCAUUAUCAAAUCUAAUUUACACUUAUGGGGAAGGAAAGAUUAUCAUAACUGGUGCUACUAGAGGUCUUGGCCCAGCCUAUUGUGAAUCACUAAUAAAAGCAGGAUUCCGAGACUUUUUAUUGAUUGAUUAUGAUUACAAAGACUUAUAAUCACUUUAAACUCAGCUUCAAGAAUAUCAACUAAAAUUAAUUGAAAUUAAGAAGAAGCAAAAAUAAAAUAUCUAAACUAAAAAUGAAAAGCUGUUGAUAGAGCUCUUUGGAUUCAAUUUUAAUUAAGAAGAUAACUCUGAAUAAAUAAGAGAACUAGGUGCUAUAAUUAACAGAUAAGACAAUAAUGAUAAUAAAUAAAAAAAUAUCUCCAUCUUAAUUAAUAAUAAUAACAAAAUAAUGAAGACACCAUUUUAGUAAUCUGGUGAUAAAGGUAUUAAUAAACUAAUAAAUAACAAUAUUAAGUCAGUUACUUCAAUCCUUAAUCUGGUUCUUGAAUAAAUGAUCAAGCAAAAAUCUAAAUGUGCUAUUGUUAAUGUCAGCUCUGCAACUGCUGCAGCUGAAAUUUCUUCCAUAGAGAAAUUUACAAUAAAUGAUUACUAAGUUUAUCAGGCAUCUCUAGCUUACUAAUGCUCGUUGAUGAAUCUUUUGCAGUCUUAGUAUAAAGAAAUAGAUUUCUUGAACGAUAUGCCUUACACAUUUGAUAUCUCAGAUAAGAAUAUUAAAGAUCUUGGAAUGAAAGUAUUACCUGAGGCCCAUGUAGAAUUAGUAUUGAAGUCACUUGGCAAAUAAUAGAUAUGCAAUGGUACUCUAAGACACAGAUUUUGGCUAUAUAUGAUGAAAAACUAUAAUUUUCCUUUUUAACCAGCUUUAAGGUGA